UGGCUUUCGCUUUCACUUCCUUGUCGGAGAGUCGACGGAUCUCCGGGGCUAAGUGGUCAUGGCGUUACUGGAUCUGUGCGGUGCAGCUCGGGGGCAGCGGCCCGAGUGGGCUGCCCAGGAUGCGGGAAGCGGGUGCCGCUCGGACCCGGCACACUACAGUUUCUCCGUGCAAGCUCCGGAGCUCGCACUUCCCCGGGGAAUGCAGCCCACUGCGUUCCUGAGGGCCUUUGGUGGUGACCAGGAAAGGAAUGUUCAGAUUGAGAUGGCCCACGGCACAACCACACUAGCCUUCAAGUUCCAGCAUGGAGUCAUCGUGGCCGUGGACUCGAGGGCGACGGCAGGGAGUUACAUUUCCUCCAAAAGGAUGAACAAGGUGAUCGAGAUUAACCCUUACCUGCUUGGCACCAUGUCCGGUUGUGCAGCCGACUGUCAGUACUGGGAGAGGCUGUUGGCCAAGGAGUGCAGGCUGUACUAUCUGCGGAAUGGGGAGCGCAUCUCCGUGUCUGCGGCCUCCAAGCUGCUUUCGAACAUGAUGCUGCAGUACCGGGGUAUGGGCCUCUCCAUGGGCAGCAUGAUCUGUGGCUGGGACAAGAAGGGACCAGGACUUUACUAUGUAGAUGACAAUGGGACUCGGCUCUCGGGACAGAUGUUUUCCACCGGCAGCGGGAACACGUAUGCCUAUGGGGUGAUGGACAGCGGUUACCGGCAGGACCUCAGACCUGAAGAGGCUUACGACCUUGCCCGCAGAGCUAUCUCUUAUGCUACGCACAGAGACAACUAUUCUGGAGGAGUUGUCAACAUGUACCACAUGAAGGAAGACGGUUGGGUGAAAGUGGAGAGUUCUGACGUCAGUGACCUGCUGUACAAGUACCGAGAGGCCGCUCUGUGAUGGCUGCUGGGCGGGCCUCCCCCAGCACGGGCGGCCCUGGCGAGCUGGCAGACUCAGGGGCCUGGGUCUGCUUCAGUCUUAGCAGAAGGAAGGGCCCAACCUGGGCUGGAGAUGAAGCUCCGAGGCUGAGGAGACAGCCAUAGUUAUCCUCCCAGUGAGCACCUUGCUCCCUCUCAGUCAGCACCGUGCUCCCUCUCAGUCAGCACUGUGCUCCCUCUCAGUCAGCACUGUGCUCCCUCUCAGUCAGCACUGUGCUCACAGAUACCUUCUAUGUACAAUAAAAGAAAAGACGGUUAUAAACGUC